AUGAUAGAGAAGAUGAUGAUGAAGUUUCUACAUAAUAAGAUCUAUAUCAACUAUGAAAUCAAGAUCAUCCGCUCCAUCACGAACUCGCUCGAUUUUUCGAAUAAGAACCCGCCGAUAGAUCCAUCGAAAAGCCCUCGAUCAUACAAGCAUUUUGACCCCAUCGCCGACCGCAUACCCCGUGUGGUGGUGGAGUUAUCCAGCCAAACAUGAACCAGAUGUUGUUUGAAACUCCUGUGUGGGA